AUGACCACCGAGGUGAUGGCGCAAGAUCCAUACCUCGACGGAUGUGCCGUCCAUGAAAAGGACCCUGCACAGUUCCAGUCCGAAGAAACCACGAGCGACCAGUUUGCUCCUUUAGCAGGCCUCCCCAACGAUGAGGAGUCCGGUGGUGCGGCGUUCAAGGAGCUGUCGCAGACAGCCACCAAUACCAGCCAUAUCGGAACGUUGGCGGCCAGGACGCUGUCGCUGGUCCGGACGAGAGAGUCCGGGAAGGACAUCGGUCCUCCGCCCGAUGGGGGCCUGUUUGCGUGGUUUCAAGUGCUUCUGGCCCAUUUCGUCAUCUUCAACACCUGGGGGUACAUCAACAGCUUCGGCGUGUUUCAGUCUUACUACACCGAGACCCUGGGUCGCGCCCCCUCCGAUAUCUCCUGGGUCGGCAGCAUCCAGAUCUUCAUGCUGUUCUUCGUCGGAACCGUGUCGGGGCGUGCCACGGACGCUGGCUUCUUCAAGGUCACCUUGGCGGCCGGUGCGCUGCUGGAGGUCUUCUGCAUCUUCAUGACCUCUCUGUGUACCGAGUACUGGCAGCUGUUCCUGGCCCAGGGCAUCGGCCAGGGCAUCGGCUGCGGCCUCAUGUUCUGCCCCACCAUCGCCUUGAUGGCCACCUACUUCACCACCAGACGCGCCCUUGCCAUCGGCAUCGUGGCGUCCGGUUCGGCCACCGGCAGCCUGGUCUUUCCAGCGGUGGUCAUCCGUCUCCUACCCCGCGUCGGGUACGGAUGGACGAUGCGCACCCUGGGCUUCAUCACUAUGGCCACCAUCAUCCCUCCCGUGGUGUUCCUGAAGCAAAGGCUGCCGCCCCGGAGGAGCGGACCGUUGGUGGAAUGGGCCGCAUUCAAGGAGCUGCCGUAUCUGUUCUUCGCCAUCGGGAUGUUCCUCAACUUCUGGGGCGUCUAUGUCGGCUUCUUCUACAUCGGCAGCUUUGGCCGCAACAUCAUUGGCGUCGCAGAGACGACCUCAGUGUAUAUCCUGCUCGUGAUGAACGGCGUCGGCAUCCUGGGUCGGGUGAUCCCGAACACUAUUGCCGAUUGGCACACCGGCCCCCUCAACAUGCUGAUCCCCUUCAGCCUGGUGACCGGCCUGGUGGCCUUCUGCUGGGCCGGCGUGGGCGACGAGAACGGGCUGUACGUCUGGAGCGCCUUCUACGGUCUGGCGGCGGCUGGUAUUCAAUCUCUGUUCCCUGCCACCCUGACCUCCCUCACCACCGACCUCAAGAAGGCUGGGGUGCGCAUGGGCAUGGUGCUCAGCGUGGUGGCGGUCGCCGCGCUCAUCGGGUCCCCGAUUGCAGGAGCGCUGGUCCAACGAGACGACGGCAACUAUCUGUACGCUCAGAUGUUCAUGGGCAGCGCCAUCCUGGCGGGGACCUUGACCCUGAUGGCCGCCAGGCUGGCGAAACUGGGCUGGACAUGGCAACGGAUGUAG